AUGGAACUUCACAACUCCCCACCUAGAGCGGCAACCGCCCUGUCGCCCUCUGCAACAACUAACAGUCGAGAACCGAAGCUCCAGCUCCCUUCGACCACCGACCCCCCAGGUCCGCAGAACCCGCCCAAACCACUUGUCUGGCUGAUUUUUGGCGCGACUGGCCACAUGGGCCGUUCUCUCGUAAAAACAGCUCUCUCGCGUGACGACCUCGUCGCGGCGGCCGGCCGCACUUUCGAAACCAGCCCGCAAGCGAUGAAGAAGCUCGAAGAUGAACAUGAAAAUUGCCUAGGCCUCCUCUGCGACGUACGAGCCCGUGAAACCGUGCAGCAAGUUAUUGACCGCACAAUCGAGCGAUUCGGCCACAUCGACAUCAUCGCCAACUGCGCGGGGUACGGUGUGAUCGGGGCCUGCGAAGACCAGGACGAAUACGACAUCCGCGACCAGUUUGAAACCAAUUUCACGGGGACUCUUAACAUGAUUCAGCUUUCGUUGCCACAUUUUAGGGAACGUCGAACGGGGCGAUACUUGAUUUUUAGCUCAACUUCUGGCGCGCUCGGUGUACCUGGUUUAGGUCCAUACUGUGCUUCAAAGUAUGCCGUUGAGGGGCUGAUGGAGAGUAUGCUCUACGAAGUUGACAGCUUCAACAUUAAGACUACGCUCGUCGAACCCGGCCACAUGCGCCGUGAUGAUGUUGGAGAUCUCGUCUCAGCCGAGGCUUUCCCCAGCACAGACAGCGUGCAUAACCUUUCAUCUCCCCUUCCAUUAUAUGGACAUUUCCUCGUGAAGCCACCAAGCGAGCCAUACAACACGCCUACGGCGCCAGCAGCUCACGCAAAGCGGAUGCUCAUGUGGCUUGGUGAUAAGCAGCCCGCUAGUGCCGUCAAGGCAGCACAUUUGGUCUGGCAAUUGGGCCACUGCUCUUAUCCGCCGCUGAGACUUAUAUUGGGGACAUAUGCGGUCGAAAGUAUCCGAGAUCGACUCAAGUGUAUUAUUGAGGAGAUAGAGGACUGGAAAUAUCUUAGUUUCCCAUCUGUGGACCAACCGACUGGCUCUGCCGGGCAGAGUCAAGACAAACCUCUAUCAAAUACCCAAGAGCAGGAAGAGGAGGGCAGAAUAUGA